UGACCCCGGCCCGCGCCACCGCCCGCCGCAGCAGCAGCAUCGCCCCCUCCGCCGCCACCGCCGCUGCCCCGGAAGCGCCCGGCGGGGCGGAGCGGGGCGGAGCGGGCAGACGGCAUGGCGGCGGUGCCGAGCGGGCUGUUCGCCGUGUACAAACCGGCGGGGGUGGCGUGGGGCUGCGUCCGGGAGGCGGUGGAGACGAAGCUGCUGCGCGACCUGAACGCGGCGUCGGUGCGCGCCCCGCGGCAACACGUCCGGUUCCUGCCGGCCCCGGGUGACAGCGGGGACACGGGGCUGGUGGCCAUGAGGGUGCCAGUGCUGGCCGACCACCCGCUCGUGCGAGGCCCGCGGUUCAGGCGGCUGAAGAUCGGAGCGGGUCACCGGCUGGACGUGAAAGCCUCGGGAGUGUUCGUGCUUGGCAUAGGCCACGGGAACAAGCUGUUCACCGACCUGUACAACUGCCACCUGACCAGGGUUUACACUGUCGGUGGGCUGUUUGGUAAAGCCACUGAUGACUUCUCAGACACAGGGAAGCUUGUAGAGAAGACAACAUUUGAUCAUAUCACAAGGGAGAAGCUGGAACGGAUUCUCGCGGUCAUCCAAGGAACAAAUCAUAAGGCCCUGCUGAUGUAUUCCAACAUUGAUAUGAAAACACAAGAGGCAUACGAGCUGGCUGUCCAGGGGUUGAUUCGCCCCAUGGAAAAGAGCCCUCCGAUAAUCACAGGCAUCCGAUGCCUCCAGUUUGCACCACCAGAAUUCCAGCUAGAAGUCCAUUGCUUGCAUGAGACGCAGCAGUACCUCCGAAAAAUAGUUCACGAGAUUGGUCUGGAGCUGAAAUCAUCUGCUGUGUGCACACAAGUGCGGAGAACACGCGAUGGUGUUUUCACACUGGAUGACGCUCUCCUGAGGACGCAGUGGAACCUGCAGAGUAUACAGAAAGCAAUUUGGGACUGUCAGCUUAAAGUGAAAACAGAGUUGGAGAAAACACUAGGUCAUCAGGAUAAAAGUCUCCUUCAGACGGCGGAUGCGGAGAUGGCCCACACUGCAGACAGCUGAGUGCACGCAGCGGAGGGAACGGCCACAAGCAAUUUCUGUAGCACAAUAACGCAGCUACGUGCUGACAGCAUGAUGGACAGCAGAAGGAAAGAGGUUAAUUGCAGUUCACUUCCACCCUUGCCUUGAGAUGAGUUUAAUCAGAGAGGCAUUUUUUUCAGUGACAGGCUGUAUCAUUUUUUUUAAAGCAUCACAAACAGUUCAUUAACGGGAGUUGGCUGUGCCAAAAUUCCUGUUGACUUUGGGAACAUUAGGUUGCUAAGGAAUAUAAAAACCCAUCCCCAAAUUGUUUAGUGGCAGGAAAUACAGCAUCUUAGGGAGCUGUAUUCCCUUGAUUGCACAGAUUUGUUUGUUCCUUGCAACUGGCAGCAUUAGCUUAUCAGCUGCAUAGAUUUUAUUUUCCCUCUGUUGUACUAGAAUAUUUUCUUUUCAUUAGCCCUGCUCUCAGAUACAAAAGAGCUCAAAAUCAGGCUAAAAGGGGGAUGUACAGGAGAAAACACAGCUUACACAAAGCAAUGCAAGGAAAUGGUUAUAUACAGAGUAGACAUGUGUGACCAGGAAAAGAGGCUUUGUAAUAGGGACUGAUGCGUAAGAAAUAAAACUGAAAAUGACCUAACAGAGAA